UGCUGGUCAGAUAACACACAGCUGUUGGUACUACGUUCUUGGAUCAAAGAUUGUAUUGAUUAUAUAUUUUCCGGAAUACAACUCUCUUUCCUACAGGGCUAAAGCCACUAUGCACUGUCAAUACAUUCUACAGUUAUCUCUGUUAACUCUACUCUCCCUGCCAGGCACACUGGCACAGACCUGGUCUGUUUGGUACCGUGACAGGGACACGAUUACCGAUAUAUGUGCAUCAAAAGGCUCAUCAGUGGUAUUUGACUGUAUAUACAGCUACCCAGCUACCAAGAAAGUUGGAAGAAAGAUAUGGUUCACUCCGAGAGGCGAUACAAAACUAGACGGCUCACAGCAAGGAGAUGGAGUGUUUAACACACGUGGACUGACUAAUAAAUCAAGAUACAGUGGAAGAACAGAGUUUUAUGACCAAGACAAUAAGUGCACACUGAAACUCAACAAUGUGACUGAAGAUGACAGUGGCAGAUUCUUCUUCAGAUUUGAGGCAAAUAAACCUCAUCAGACCCCUCAGGGAUUUACAGGAUCGUUUGGUGUGGCCCUGACAAUACCAGUCUUAUCCCUAAAGAUAAAUGAAAAUGGCCCCGUUAAGGAGCGAGACUACGUCACCUUGGCCUGCACCUCCACCUGUAACCCUCCUCAAAUGGAGUUCCUCUGGUUUAAAGAUGGCCGCCCACUUCCUGGUGUCUCUGGUGUCCAUGGUGGGCAGUAUCUCCUAGGUCCACUUUCCCCUAAUGACACUGGGAGCUACUCCUGUGGUCUGGGGCAAAGCACAUCUACACCAAUACUGCUGGAUAUGAGAUAUGCUCCAAGGAACGUUUCUGUUAAGGUCAGCCUGAGCCACGAGGUAGUGAAAGGCAGUCAUCUGACUCUGACCUGCAGCAAUAACGCCAACCCUGCAGCAGAGACCUACACCUGGUUUCAGAGGACAGGAACGCUAACUUCACUAAGAUUAGGGAUGGGGAAAGAACACACCUUCCUCGAAAUAGAUUCUGAUGACAGUGGACUGUACUUCUGUAUGGCCCAGAAUGCCGUUGGAUCACAGAACUCUACAGAACUGGAGUUGAAAGUUAAAGAAUCAGCCCAUUUAAUGGUGGUCCUGGCAGCAUUUGGGGCUCUCUUCCUUGUCACAGCAGUGAUUGUGGUUCUCUUCAUUUACAUAAAAAGACGGAAGUUGAAUACGGCCGAGAAGAAGCUUCCAACCAAACCAGUCCCCCAGUUACAGAAAGCAACCUUGUCUAGACCAGAGGACAUCUAUGAAAACAUGAAAUGGUCAGCCAAGCCGAUCACUGAUCCUGAUGACAUGAACUACGCAGAGCUCAAUAUCAGGCCUGCUCCUUCACCCAGGAUGCAGCGGAAUAACAAGGCAGAGGAUGACGAUGCAGUUAUCUACAGACAACUGCAAACACACUGAGGUGGUCAGAGAACUUUGAUAUCUAGACCUCAAGGCCUACAAUAUGGUAAACUCAAGAAAAGUGAAUGAAAAAAAUGAUGUUUAAGUCACGUUUUUUAAAUAGCAAAAUACAAGCUGUUAUACUGUAUGUGUAUGUACAAACAAUGUACAGUGUACAA